UUGACCCUCGUUAUGCAGUAUCACCAACGCGACGAAUUAAAUAUGAAAACUGGAUUGACCCUCGUUAUGUUGUGUGUUGUGUUGAAAAAAUCACUGUGAAAGUAAGAGGAUAAAAUUAAUCAACUUGAAAAUUUUUGCAAUCGUUUUAAAAGUAACCUGAAGUGGAAAGUUUAAACGAAUGAUUUCAAAUCCCUUCCUCUCAAAUAGUAAAACUAUUCUGUAGUUGGUUUUGCAAAAUUACAUUGCGAAGGCAAAAAAACAAAAAAAAAAAAUCUAAUUACAACUGUGAAAUUUCUCUACUGGAAAUUGAUAGGAGGCUUAAAACUCAUAUAGCAUUGGCUAAGAUAACAUUUAACAUUUAACAGAAUAGAAUACACAGCAUUCCAAAUAAAAGCAAAUAUUGUCUCCCAGAAACAAAAUUUAUUUCGACAUCUUCGGAGGUAUUGGAUAUAAGAUAUCAGUAUGGAGGAGGUUUCGCUGACCGAGACGGAAACUCGGUAUUAUGGUGAUUUAUUUUUAUGCUGCGACGAGGAGAAGACAGGCAAAAUACCUAUGCUAAAAGCAACCGAAUUGUAUCGUUCUGCUAAUCUCUCCAAUGAUAAAAUAUUUGAAAUAACUUCUUUAGCCGGAAUACCAUCUACUGCCCUACAUAUAUCUCGUGCUCAGUUUUACUCUUGUUUAAAAUUAAUUGCAGCUACUCAAGCAUCUAUGCCUCUGAGACAAGAAUUAAUUGCAGCAUCUGUGCAAUUGCCGCUGCCUCGGUUCAGUUGGACGGACAAUUCUAAUUGUGCUGAAAUGAAAGUUCAUCAUCAUCACGUUAUUCCGCCACCUCCCGUAGCCGACAGGCGAAACUCAUUACAACGUCGCACGGAAUGGCCGGAUACUAAUUUGGCACCCCGGCGCAAUUCGGCACAUCAACACCAAACUGACGUUAGAUCGAUAAAUUCAGACGCUCCGAGUACGGACUCGGAAGUAGAGCGAUGCGAAUCUAGUUGUGGUGGUGAAGAGGAAGUUAUAGGUAGCAGUAAUUGUGUUACGCAUCGUCACGUUGGCGGAGGGGGAGGUUCACCAGAAGCGUGGAGUACUAACAGCGAUAGUCCAACACCAACUAAUAGUGUGGCUGAACGUCCUUGGGCCAAAGAAACCCUUUGGCAUGGGCUUUUGGGCGACGAGCAUAGGCAGUUAUUAGGAACGGAAGAAGAAUCUUCGGAUCGCCACAGUAGCGAUGAAGAAAAUGAAACUGAUUUAGAGGCAGUUUAUCAGAUAACAUCAGAGCAGAGGGAAUAUUAUUACAAGCAAUUCAAAGCUGUGCAACACGAUCCUAAUGGUUUACUAUCUGGUCAAAUAGCCAGGGUUUUCUUCGAGAAAUCUCGUAUUCCUGUCGAGGAGUUGCGUCAUAUUUGGCAAUUAUGUGACGUCACGAGGGACGGAGCUCUUAGUUUGUCCGAGUUUACUGCGGCUAUGCACUUAGUAGUGUUACGUCGGAACAAUAUUCCGUUGCCAGCUGUUCUACCAGCUUGCCUUCAUCCUACAGCUUUACAACAUGUAUCGCUGUGUUCUCAAGCGCCGCCACAAGAACCUCCUGAAGCUGAUUUGCUCCAUUUGGACGACGACGACGAUGAGGACAAAACAGAUAAUACUAUUAUUGGUUCAAAAAUUGACUCAAAUAAAACUGCGAACUCGCGUGUGAUAAAUGAAAAGAACGUAAUGAAUUUAAGCACAUUAUCGACAUCAUCUCAAACUAGCAUAAACCCUCGUCCUAUUGUUACUGAUGUUGGAAAUCAAAAGCAAUCCUUAACACCGUUAACUAAUACUGCAACUGGAAAAAACCGUAGUAUCUCAAGUUCUCCAAAAGGAAACGAUCCAGCAAUUACACCGCCAAUACCUUCAAAUUUAACAGCUACGGUUUAUGCGGCGGCUCAUAACAAAGAUCGAUCGCUAUGGACAAUUGAAAAUCAACCGAAUCAGUGGACGAAAUUUACAGAAUCUCCUACGUCGAAUGUUUCUAGUCCCGGUCCGAAACCAGUCAACUUUGACAUGCAGCGAACUGCUCAAGCUGUAGUCUCCGAUCCACAAAUCCUGCAUCCUGUGCCAUUGCGUGUGACGCCAGUGGGCGGCAAUAUUCAAGCUUCCAGUACUGGUAACGCUUCUAAUGUUGCAUCGGACAAACUGGAUGCGGAUAUAGGAGAUAAUGUUGUUAUACGCGAAACAACUCCUACUAAGCAAACAAACUUCACCAAUCCCAGCAAUGCUACUAAUAAUGGCAGCAGCGGCAACAACAAUCUACCACACCAGCGUGAGUCCUUGCAGAACAACGAUCUAAGAGCUAUACAACGUCCUCAGGCAAAAAAAUUACCCAUUAAAAACAUCGGGGCACUCCCUCCACCACCUCAACGUGAACCCAGCAUUGGAAAUUCCGCAAAUAUAACUGGAGAGCAUGAUCCUCCUGCUGCCAAUAAUACUCAAGCUUCUUUAAUAAAUAAGAAAGAUCCGCCCCCCUUGCCCCCACCGCGACCACAUCGGCAUGGGCGAAGUAGUAGCUUGGACUUAAACAAAUUUAAAAUAGCUGCUGCCUGCAGUCAGCAACCGGAGAUAACAGCGCAAACCAGUUUUGAUUUGCAAACUUCUAAUGGCUUUGCCGAUUUUGCACAUUUUCCUGACGACAGCAAUGUUGACAAUUUCUGUGAUGGAAACUCUGAACAGUAUCAGCAGCAACAACAAAUGCAUUCAUUGCCUUCGCAAUCAAUAGCAACGGGUACAUCAGCGGGUGUUGUGGUCGUACCACUAACCCGUCUUUCCUUGCAGUCUAAUCAAAGGAUAUCGGCUUUUGAAGUUUAUCGGAAACCAAAUACUCCGCGUAAUUCAUUGUCGCCAACGCCUAGUGGAACAACAGUUUUGCAAGUUCCUGCUCCAGCCCCAUUCGGUUCGGCUGGUGCAGCAGCGAUGACAAAUGUUCUGCCAAAUGCUGAGCUUUAUGAAAAGAGGGUAAAUGCCAUAAGCGAAACAUUGCGUCACGUAUCCUUCAAAAAGGAAAACAAUAAUAACAACCUAACUGACAUAUUGCGACAUUUACGUGAACAGAACAAUUUGUUAUUGCGCUUAUGCAAUGAUCUUAGCGAUGAAUUACUUACUGUACAAACGCGCAAAGAAGAAAUGAGACUAAAAUUAGAAGCACUAGGCUUGAUGUCAACAGUAAAUGAUGCAGCAGCAGCACUAUCCAUUCCGAUGGCACCGGGUCAGAGUAUAGUACGUACAGGCUCUUCAAUUUCGGCUCCCGUUACAGCCAAUGUAACAGGCGGUUCAGGCAGCUCCGGUAUCCAUUCAAAUGUUUAAAAUGACCUCGGUAUUGUUAAUAACAUAAUCUAAAACGAGGCAGCAACAUAUAAAUAAUCGUGUAUUUAAAAUGUUUGUUAAAGGAAGUGAUCGUUAUAUCUUAUCGAUUUCGUUGGUAUAUUUUUAAGGCCAAUUGCGACCAGAAACUAUGAUUUCAUUAAUAUAUGCACUUGUCAUUUGUGUAGGCAUUAUAUUAAUUAUCGUAUAAACAGACAUUUUGUUAGCUAACUGUAAAGAACUAUUAGUGCAGGUGUCUUGCAUCUUGCCACACUGA